AUGUCGCUAGCUCUGCUCAGGGUAAGCAUGCUGACAAUGUCAGGGAGAGCUGGAGGGCGUGAGGUGGAGUUCCCGACCUCAGGCCUCUCACUCCACAUGGAGGAGGAGGCUCUGAAGCUCACAGGCAGUGAGGCUGAAAUGGCCACUAACAAAUCGGAAAAAGCUACCAACUAUGUGCUAGCAUAUGGGCACCAAGGAGGCAUGCCCUUCCUGAUACAGCAGGAACCUUUUUGCAGACCAGGUAAGACUUUAACCAUUGUUUUCAAUACAGGGAUAUACAUCUGUUCAAAGUGUGGGUAUGAAUUGUUUUCAAGUAAAGCUAAAUAUAACCAUUCCUCACCAUGGCCUGCUUUUACUGAAACGAUUCAUCCAGACAGUCUGUCUAAAAGAAAAGAGACAGAGAAUGCCCUAAAGGUUUCUUGUGGAAAGUGUGGGAAUGGACUUGGCCAUGAGUUCCUCAAUGAUGGGCCUAAACCGGGCCAGUCACGUUUCUGAAUAUUCAGCAGCUCGUUGAAAUUUGUCCCCAAAGUCAAUGGACCUCUUGAGGAAAAAUAAGGCGAGCAUGGAACCAAUCUUUUAUUGAUCAACUGAGAUCUGUUUGUUUCUUUAAAUAGCGAAGAAUUUCUGUUUCAUCUGGAAGUAGCGAAUAAAAUGUCCUUGACAUGGUA